CACGUCUGACCGCCUGAUCGAGGCAGAAGCAGGACCUGUGGGCUCAGCAGCUGCAAUAGAAGCAAGCAAGCAAGCAAGCAAGCAUGGCAGGAAAAGCCCACAGACUAAGUGGUGAAGAGAGAGAACAGUUGCUGCCAACUCUCCGAGCGGUAGGAUGGAAUGAGGUAGAGGGUAGAGAUGCCAUUUGCAAGGAGUUCCAUUUCAAGGACUUCAAUCGGGCCUUUGGCUUCAUGACCAGAGUAGCUCUACAGGCAGAAAAGCUGGACCACCACCCUGAAUGGUUUAAUGUCUACAACAAGGUUCACAUAACCUUAAGCACACAUGAAUGUGGAGGCUUAUCGGAGCGUGACAUCAACUUGGCCAGUUUCAUAGAACAAGUUGCAAACACAUUAGCCUAGAUGCCGUCCAUGAGCUUUUUCUGUCAGCAGAAGCAGUGAGUGUCCAAGUGGAGAAAUACAUUGUACCAACCAAAGACAGCAGAUAAUUCUGAUCCCAUACUCAGAAAACCCACCUUUAAGUACAGCUGACGUCUUAAUGUUUUGUAUGAUGAUUCCACGCGUGAGUUUGGGAAACUAGUGCUCUGCAACUUUGUUAUCUUGUCUUAAAUGUUCUUCUGGCAAGUUUUAGCUUUGCAAUGUUCAGUAUUGGAAUUCUUGCAAGUCUCUGACCAUGCAGUAUUACAGUGAGAGGCCACCUGUGCUGGAGUUAGUUAUAAUAAAGCUGAUUUGUGUUCUAUAAAGGAAAGUGGUUUAUAAAUACAGUUUGUUGGUUUUGUUAUUGGGUUUUUAAUAUUUUAGCUAUCGACUACCAUAAAGUGGAACACUGCUGUUACAAGAGA